AUGAAGCUGCAGAACAUCAGGACCCUCUCUCUGAUCCUCUCCACCCUUUUCUACCUGCUGGUUGGAGCAGCGGUCUUCGACGCGCUGGAGUCUGAGAGCGAGUCCUCCAGGAAGGAGUCGCUGGAGCAGAGGCUGGACGAGCUGAAGAGAAAGUACGGCCUGGAGGAUCGGGAUUACGCAGAGAUCGAGCGGGUGGUCCUGCAGUCCGAGCCGCACCGCGCCGGGACGCAGUGGAAGUUCGCAGGAUCUUUUUACUUUGCCAUCACUGUUAUCACCACCAUUGGUUAUGGCCAUGUGGUUCCUCGCACUGAUGCCGGAAAGGCCUUCUGCAUGUGUUACGCAGUCCUGGGAAUUCCUCUGACACUGGUCAUGUUCCAGAGCCUGGGCGAAAGGAUCAAUACCUUAGUCCGAUACCUGCUGCACAGAGCCAAGCAGAGCCUGGGCUUAAGGGAGACGGAGGUGUCCAUGGGGAACAUGGUCCUCAUGGGCCUGCUGUCCUGCAUGAGCACCCUCUGCCUCGGCGCUGCAGCCUUCUCCCACUUUGAAGACUGGACCUUCUUCAACGCCUACUACUACUGCUUCAUCACGCUCACCACCAUUGGCUUCGGGGAUUUUGUAGCCCUGCAGAAGAGAGAUGCCCUCCAGAGGCGGCCGCCCUACGUGGUCUUCAGCUUCAUGUACAUUUUGGUGGGUCUGACGGUCAUCGGAGCUUUUCUUAACUUGCUGGUGCUGCGUUUUCUGACCGUGAGCUCAGAUGAGCCUGAUGUGAGGGCUGCGGUGGAGGGAGAGCAGGGAGGACAGCCCGGAGAGGACAGGGAGGCGUCGGACACCGAGGCCGAGAGUAAAGACACCGCUGAUGGGCACAGCAGCCGGUGCAAUCUCACCCUGCCCAUGGAGGGCGGCACCAGCUGCCUCAGCCUUCUCCCUUCUCCGGCAGAGGAACACAGACUCCUCCAGGCUGAGCUCGGUCAGCCCAGCAGACUCAGAGCCUUGCUUUCCUGCAUGUGCUGCAGCUUGGACACGUACAGCAGGGCCGACGAGCCUCGCUGCAACCGAACGAACGGCCACAGCAACCCCGUCUUUUACAACUCCAUCUCCUACCGGGUGGAGCGGGCGUCCUGCAGCUCCGGCACCGUGUCGUCUCAGGCCUCGCCCAGCAGCACGGCUCCGUGCCUGGGCGCCAGCAGUCUGCACUGCAGGCGGAAAUCUCUCUGACUGUGAAGUUACAGCUCCUUUGUAAACGCCACCGAGUGAGAUAAAACCCUUCUGAUUACAUAUUUGGAUGAACAAUUAACCCACUGCUUAAUGAGAUGUGAAUGCAGCACUUAGCAGAGGAAAUGUAGCACAUAUCCAUACUGUUAUCAUAAUUUAGUUAUAUUUCUAAAAACAGCAUGGAACGUAAGUUUGACUGUUGCAACAAAGAAUACUGAAAAUAAGUUUCAUGUUAGAAAGUCCUUUUAACUGGGGCUGUAUUUGGAACAAACUUGCAUGUAUGGGAUGAGCUGCACUGCUGUCUAAAAAUCUAAUAUCAGCAUUGCCAACUUAUAUAGAUAGAAUAUUGACAUAUCAUUUGCGUGUUUAGCUCUGCUGCUCACCCCACAUAUGCAAGUUUUUCAUCAACUGUCCCAAUUCAAAAGAGGGAAAAACACAAUUAGGCAUAAAGCAUCCACAGAUAAUCAUCCAAAUACUACUUUCCUUGCUUGUGUGCUAUGUUUCAGUAGCAUAGAAGUAAGUCAGCCGGCAGCAUCUGCAAACCUAAGUAUUGUGCAACUUUGCUGCCCAUUGUGUGAGAGUUUUGAAAGUGCGUGUGAUCAAGCAGCAGAACAUGUGCUCCGACGUGUACCUGAAGAAAGAUGGGGUCACCCUGCAUGAAUAUUUCAGCCGGCACGCUUUCCACAGCCGUGUCACUCCUGACCUUUGGUUAUUUACAGUCGGUAAUCAUUGCCGUUUUCUAUUAGGCCCGCUCGCUCCAUCACUCCGGCCCGUUCCCUAGGUAACGUCCCCCACCAGCUUUUACUCAGUGUUGCGGAAACCGGAGACGGACGUGUGCGGCGCAGCUCGGCGGAGAUCGUCUGCAGGCAGCAGACAGUCAGCAGACAGUCGGCGGCGUGAUUGUCAGACCGCGGCAUCUGUGAUAAAUGACUGUGUCAACAAAGGAUGGGAAAUGAGCAGUUGCAGUAAAAUGCUGGCAAAUUAGAAAUAUCUCCAAAUGAGUGUUUAAUUGCCUUCAUAAAUGUGCAUUUGUUGUUAUGACUCUAAUUAGAUUUUCAUACAAACUGCUGAGACAAAAAGCGCCUUUAAUCCCAUCUCUUUCAGAUCAGGAACAAAAGUGUUUUGUUUGUUCAAUAAAAACAAGGCCCUUUCUAAGAGUUAUUAACUUAAGUGGCACUCCGCUGAUUCUUUUACACUUGCAAUUUAUUUCAUUUGUCUCGAGGAGUAAUGAUUGUCCUGUAUGAGAGGCGAUAUGAGUCUUCGGUGUCUCUGGAGGAGCUUUCUUUAAAAAAAAAAAAAAAACGGAGGUGUUCUGGUUGAAGAUAGGAAGAGUUCAAUAAAGUUACGCUUCAAAUAUGACUGCAAAGAAAAGUAAAACUGCAUAAAUCCAAAAAAAGAAGGCAAACCAACACAGCAAGGUUGAUAAAUAUAUUGACAAAUAUUUGAUAAGUAUGUGAAACAAUUUAUGGCACAAAAUGAGACAAACAUCCAAGUCGAUGAAACUAUUAGAAAAAACCAAAAUGCACUGCUGGACACAUGAAAUACUCCUAAAUCCCAUUUACAGUUGUUGCUCUGUAGGAUGAGUGGGCGGCGUUUGACGUGUGUCCUACCAGGGGAGCGCUCCUUCGGUUUUGGUCCAUCUGUAUCUGUUUUCAGUUUUUCUCUGAACUUUGAUUUCACUGUCAUGUUUGUUCACGACGGGCGUAAAAAAAAAGAAAGCUUUUUUCUUUAGUUUGAUCUGAGAUGUGUAAAAAUCAAAUUAACGGGUUGUCCUGUCAUCUGUGGCCUCACAUUGAUUCUUCCCUCAGUUUGUGAUUGAACUCAGCGGGGUGACGCUCUGUUCGGAGUUUUCAAAGGCUUAACCUCAAUUACAAGAAUCCUGUUGAUUUUCAUUUGAGCAAAUCACUCAGUAAUUUGCCCAUGAAUGCUGAAAGCUGUACUAGAAACACAGGGUUGAGGAACUGCUAACUCAGGAGCGCGAGGAGCCGGAGUGAUAAUGGCAAACAUCUGCCCCAUUAAGCACCGAGGAGAAAAGACACCAUGGAGCCGAAUCAAAACGGCUUUGUCUGAAAUUAAAAUUUUACAUCUCAUCCUUGGAAUAUUCUGAUAUUCUGUGGUUGAAUGGCUCCCUGAUGUCUGGUGAGCGACGGCUUGAGUUCAAGUUUCGCUUUCCACUAAUGACUGGAGCGCUGAAGGUUUGAAUUCAACUUCCUGUUGCUCACACUAGGGAGCAGCAUUACUCCACGGAAACACAGACUAGGCAGCGUUGACAAGUGUGUGCUUCACCAGAAACAAUGUUCUUGUUAGUGCUGGACUGAAAAGUCGUACUUUAAUCGUUGCCGGUUAACACUUAAUAAAGUGUUGGUUAUUUUAGUGGUAAUUAUAUGAGAAAGUAACUAUCGCCAUGCCCUCUGUCUCCUCCAUAUCUGUACACUUUAGUGUUGCAUCUUGUCACACAUCACCUUUAAUACUGAUUUACUUAUUAAGCCACAGAUGUCAAACGUAUUUGACAGCCCAGGUUCAUCUUGAGUGGGUCAAACUAGUAAACUAUAAAGAAUUUUCAAGUUUUUCUUUGUGGUGGUGCAGAGCGCACACAAGGAAAUGUCUUUAUGUUCAGAAAAGCAAACAGUUACCACUGAAAAUGACAACAUGUUAACAUAAAGGCAAUUUUGCUGAUACCGUCCGGUAGAAAAUACAGGGAAGAGUCCAGAAACCUUGUUAUACCAAAAAUAUUUUUCGAAACUCAAGCUGACAAGAUGACUUUGAGACUACAACGUGACCAUCUUUCAUGGCAACAUGAUCAGUGGCUUGGUGGCUUGGUGCGCCAUAUCAGAGCCUGUUGGUUAAUAGGCCUCAUGUCUGAGUUCUGUUACACUUUGACCUUUAGGUUGGAGAAAAUUGCUCUAAGUUGUGAAUGUCAGUAGUUCUAGAGAGAAUGUGAUUAAGUCCAGACUGGAGCGCACAUGAUGCAGACACAGCCUUUCUGCAGUGGGAUGUUCUGAGGAUUCAGGCUGAAACAAGACUUAUAUUUGGAUGAUUUCUAUGUCAGGAGAAUUGAAGUAGUUCUGCAAGGCAACAUAAAUAAAUCAGUGAGUGAGACAGGAGGAGGCAACAGUUUCUUCAUGUAUGGCAAACAUUCAACAAAACGUCUGCUUUGCUAAUUUCUUUCUUCUGUAAACUAAUUUCUUGAUUGUAAUCACUUAACAGUGCGUCACUGCCGAAAGCAGCAGCAAUGCAGGAACUCGCUUCUCCCAAAGCUGCCUCUCACCAGCACGCCAAUAAAAGAAGGAAAAAGAAAAGUUGUCAUCUGACAGUAUGAACUAUUACACCGACUCCGUCUGUGGGAAUAGACUUUUGGACACUUGAUAAGUGAGUUUGAGCUUCUCGGUCGAGCGGCGCCGACUUGUUCUCAGCUUCCAGCUUUAUCUGACUCUGAUUUAGAAAGAUAUCUGCGAGCCGGCAGAGAGGAGACGUGUGAACGACGGGCCGGGAGGCAUAAAGAUCAGUUUUUAGCAUGUGUGAGGGAUGAACGCUGGUGUCUGAUCUGCAUAAUUACACCAUCAAUAUUGCAAAUGGUGUUUCACUCCCUCCUUGUUAUGAUGCCUCGGAUGCCUUCACACAUCUGUGACUGUCACCGCUGGGAAACUCCUGUCCUGAAACAGUCUUGGAAAGUGUCUGACAGACAGACCACCGGCCUCACGGCAAAGUAAUGCAAGAGGCAAAUGAGGUGAGAGAGAGAAUUGGACACGCAGAGCGGGCGGCCUCACUUCAAAACAAAGACCCUCGGUGUGCAUUUUCUGCUAUUGUGUCACCCUAUGCACGACUGUGAAGAAAACUGUCACCUCCGGCGGUCUUUUUUUAUUUUUUUUGUGUGUGUGUGAAAGUACAGA